GUUACAGAGAAAAGAGGUUUUUCUGAUAUGCAGCUACAGUAUAAGGAAAAAAGAGGAUUUUCUUAUAUGCAACCACAGUAUAAGGAAAAAAGAGGAUUUUCUUAUAUGCAACCGCAAUAUAUGGAAAAAAGAGGAUUUUCUUAUAUGCAACCCCAAUAUGAAGAAAAAAGAGGAUUUUCCUUUAUGCAACCACAGUAUAAGGAAAAAAGAGGAUUUUCUUAUAUGCAACCGCAAUAUAUGGAAAAAAGGGGAUUUUCUUAUAUGCAGCCCAAAUAUGAGGAAAAACGAGGAUUUUCAUUUAUUCCACCCAAAGAUGAGAAAAAACGAGCAUUUUCGUUUAUUCAACCGAGAGAUGAGGAAAAACGCGGAUUUUCAUUUAUGCAACCUAAAGAUGAGAAGAAACGCGGAUUUUCAUUUAUGCAACCCAAAGAUGAGAAGAAACGCGGAUUUUCAUUUAUGCAACCCAAAGAUGAGGGAAAACGCGGAUUUUCAUUUAUGCAACCCAAAGAUGAGGAAAAACGCGGAUUUUCAUUUAUGCAACCUAAAGAUGAGAAAAAACGCGGAUUUUCAUUUAUGCAACCCAAAAAUGAGAAGAAACGCGGAUUUUCAUUUAUGCAACCCAAAGAUGAGGAAAAACGCGGAUUUUCAUUUAUGCAACCCAAAGAUGAGGAAAAACGCGGACUUUCAUUAAUUCAACCAAAAGAUGAGGAAAAACGCGGAUUUUCAUUUAUUCAACCCAAAAAUGAGGAAAAACGCGGAUUUUCAUUUAUGCAACCCAAAGAUGAGGAAAAACGAGGAUUUUCAUUUAUUCAACCGAAAGAUGAGGAAAAACGAGGAUUUUCAUUUAUUCAACCGAAAGAUGAGGAAAAACGAGGAUUUGCAUUUAUUCAACCGAAAGAUGAGGAAAAAAGAGGGUUUUCAACCAUCUUACCAGAAAUCGAAUCUGCAGAAACAGUUCUGAAGGUUGACAGAUAUAGACGUCAUGAAUCGCUAGGAAACAAUAAAAGAUAUUCAUAUCCUGUAGACCCAUCUAUCAAACCAAAGAAGUUCACUUACUUUCUCGACCCUUACUUCUUUACCAAAAAAAAUGGUGUAAGACACACAGCUGAGGCAUCAAAGUUAUUGUUAUUGCCCUUCAAUGCAAUGUCCCGCUAUGGGAAGAGAAGUAAAAGAUCCGCUUUGAUUAAUACUAUAAAGGUUAGAUAUGGGGCGCAGGGUUCAAAAAUCCACAACAAGGCGCCACCUCCGACAGAAGAGAUUGAAUCUGUACAUAUAGAUGAUUCUGCUCGGAAAGCAUGGUGGGACCCGAGGGAUUACAUUGUACACCCUUACCAGUUCAAUCAAAAGUUUACACCACUCAGAAUAACCUCGAGGUUAGGAUUUGUCGUCUGCGAAAGAGAAGAUUUAAGAAACUUUAAUGAGAUUGAUAAACUGUUAACAAGUUGGUUGGCUGAAAACUCGAUAAAAUCGAAUCAAACACCGCUCUUGGUGGAUUACGAAGAACCCCUGGAUGAUUUGAACAACAUAGGUUCCAGAGAUCUAGAAGAAAUUAACUCCAACUUUGCCACUGACCACGAGGAGGGGUUUUUCCAGAAGGAGGAAGAAAAUGAUAACAAGGAGGAUCACGGAGUGGAUGAUAACACGGAGGAUCAUGAAGAGGGUGAUAAUAUGGAGGAUCAUGAGGAGGAUGAUAACACAGAGGAUCAUGAAGAGAAUGAUGGUAAUGAGGAUCAAGGUGGUAAGGAGGACUGGAAAGAAUAUAUACCUGAACCUGAGGAUGGCAAUGAAGGUCUGGCAGAGAAUGAAGAAGAGGAGUCGAGGAGGAUGUAGAAUUUUCUAGAAAGAAUUCUUCGUGAUUUUAACAAAAGUUUUGUGACCAAACAUUAUCGACUGGGAGAGAGCCCCCGCUGGUUUUAAUACUAUAAUCUGACAAAAGAGCAAUAUGAUUUGAUGUACAGUGAGAACCAGAAAACAGCAAAAAGAAAUGAAUUUGGGUAAUUUGCUACAAUUAACAAUACUAUUUCUUGAUUCAAACUAAGAACAAAGACGACAAAUAUUCCACUUUUUGCUGGUUACCACUGUAGAUACGAUAUCAUAAAAUAGAAUAUACUAAAAUAUAUAAUAUAGUAAAUGUAAUAUGUG